AUGUCAUCAAUGUCCUUACAAAUAGCUAGGCGACGUAUGUUAGAGGCUUUUCCAUGGAUUAAAUAUCCAUUGAUCGUGUCAGCGCCAAUGUUGGGUGCUGCCACGCCUGCUCUCGCGACAAAUGUGAGUCUGGCGGGUGGUAUAGGAUUCCUUGCAGGGGGUAACGAUGGGGCGGAUCUCCAUCAAAAGCUUACCGUUACGAGGUCAUUGUUUGAAGCUGCUAGUCGGAAACCUUCGAAAAUAGAGACAUUUGAUCGUCUUCCUAUUGGGAUUGGCUUCCAGAAUUGGGGCUGUAAAAUCAAUGUCGCUGUUGAAGCUACAAGAAAACACAAACCUUCAGCGGUAUGGCUUUACGCACCGAAAAGAACGGAAGACUUGAAAGAAUGGGCUCAAGAACUUAGAUCUAUCAGUCAUGGAAAUGUUUCAAUCUGGGUACAGGUUGGUACUGUCAAGGAAGCCUUGGAUGUUGUGGAUACGGCGAGACCUGAUGUACUGGUCAUUCAAGGUUCCGAUGCUGGUGGCCACGGUCUAGCUCGAUCAGCCAGUGUCAUCUCAUUGCUUCCUGAAGUUGCAGAUGCACUUAAAGAUAGAGAAUCGGAAUUGUAUUCCAUACCACUACUUGCAGCGGGCGGAAUCAUGGAUGGACGAGGUGUUGCUGCUGCAAUGUGUUUGGGAGCAACAGGAGCUGUGAUGGGUACCAGAUUUCUAGCGGCUGAAGAAUCAGGCAUUCCUCAAGGCUGGCAAAGGGAGCUUGUAAAAGCAGUAGAUGGUGGUCUUAGUACCGGAAGGUCUACUUUAUGCGACCGAUUGAAGACAACAGUGGGAUGGCCAACACAAUAUGAUGGUCGCGCUUUACUCAAUAAAGGCCAUGAAGACGAGAAAGCUGGAAUGUCAGACGAUGAAAAUGUUCGUUUGUAUAAGAAAGAGUUGAAAGAUGGUGAUAAGGCUUGGGGCUCACAUGGCAGGAUGGUUGCAUAUUCCGGUACUGGGGUUGGGCUGAUUAAAAGCGUAAUGCCAGCCGAGAAAAUCAUUCAAGAAACAAGAAAGGGUGUUUCCGAUAUCUCUCAGUAG